AUGACAAGGUUCCCACAGCCACGGGUAUAUAAGCUCUCCAACACACAGGUCCACAUCGAACUCAAUUUGGGACUUCCUACUGCCAACACCAAUAUGAAGUUGGUGUUAAUGUCAAUGGGCGUGGCCCUCCUGGCUGUGGUCAGCUUCGCCAGGCCAGAUGGACAUGGAGGUGGCUACGGUGGCAGUGGCAGUGGUGGUGGCAUCAUUUUCAACCUCGGUGGAGGUGGCGGCGACUUUGGUGGUCUUGGAAGUAGCGGUGGAGGCGGUGGCGGUGGUGGUGCUGGAGGUACAGGAACUGCUAGCUUCAUCCUAGGAGGACAUGGAGGCGGAGGCGGCGGCUUCGGUGGUGGCGGCGGUAAGGGCGGCGGUGGUGGAGGCAGCGGCUUUGGUGGCGGCGGUGGUGCUGGAUCUUCAACCAACAGUUUUAGCCUUGGGGGCCAUGGAGGUGGCGGCGGCGGCUUUGGUGGUGGCGGCGGUGGCGUUUUAGUCUUGGGGCCAUGGAGGUGGCGGCGGCGGCUGGUGGUGGCGGCGGUGGCGGUGCCGGCGGCGGUGGGUGGUGCCGGCGGCGGUGGUGGUGCCGGCGGCGGUGGUGGCGGUUUUAGUGCUGGAUCUUCAACCAACAGUUUUAGUCUUGGGGGCCAUGGAGGUGGUGGCGGCGGCUUCGGUGGUGGCGGCGGCGGCUUCGGUGGUGGCAGCGGUAAGGGCGGCGGUGGUGGAGGCGGCGGCUUUGGUGGCGGCGGUGGUGCUGGAUCUUCAACCAACAGUUUUAGUCUUGGAGGCCAUGGUGGUGGUGCUGGUGGAGGCUUUGGCGGUGGCCGCGGUGGUGGCGGAGGCGGCGGCGGCGGCGGCGGCAGCAGUGGUGGUUUUGGAGGCGGUAGCGGUGGUGGCGGUGGUGGUGGCGCCGGCGGCUCUGGAGCAGGAACUUCAUCCAGUGGUUUCAGUCUUGGAGGCCAUGGAGGCGGCGGCUUUGGUGGAGGUGGCGGCGGUGGUGCUGUUUUCUUUGGCUCCGGUGGUGGUGGAGUCGGCAGUGGCAAGGGAGGUGGAGGCGGUGCUGGCGGCGGUGGCGGCUACGGAAAAUAA